AUGAGUUAUGGUGGCAGUGGCCAUCAGUGCACCCAAGCCCUCUCGGCCAAAGACACCCUGACCCUCUCCUCCUCUGGCGUCGUCAUCGCCAGCGCCCUAUCAACCUCAGUUACUGUGUACGCUGACGGGAUCCCUAUACUAUGGGAGAAGUCCGAUCUUCCCAAAGCAAACAGCGCAACAGCCACAGCGACAUCUUCGACGACAUCCGCGACAUCAUCGACAACAUCCGCGACAUCAUCGACAACAUCGAGGUCCUCGACAUCCUUAUCACUCAGCUCGGGAGAGAUAUCAUCACACAAAAGCGGUAGUAGCAGUGGUGGUAGCAACGGUGGUGGUCUUUCAGAAGGAGCCAAGAUCGGUAUUGGAAUCGGCAUUCCGGUGGCGGUUAUUGUGAUAGGAGCCGCAAUUUUUUUCUUCUUCCUCAGGAAAAAGCGCAGCGAGAACACUUCUCCGCACCGUCGUCCAUUGGUCUCGGAGCUUCCGCCUAGCGAGCCCUCUGAGCUAACUUCGGAGGGGCGAGCUCCUUUGCCUGAAAUGGCGUGA